UUGAGUGUGGGGCUGGGCAACAUUGCUGGGUUGGGUUUGCCCAUUGAACGACUAGAGUUGCAGGAGUGUAAAAUAACAAACCUCUUUGGAUCGCUAUUCCAUAGAUCAACAGUAAGGGUACUGCAUAUCAUUGACACACCCAUCAAAACAAUCGACGAGUUUGCCUUCGCGGGAGUGAACAGGACUUUGCAAGAGAUUUACAUACGUAACACAAAAAUAGCAGAAUUUCCAAAAGAUGCUUUCAAGAUCAUGGGAAAUCUAUCAAUAUUGUCUAUAGACGGGCAUCAGAUGAAAUCACUCGAUAAGGACAUCUUUGGAAACAGUGAAGCUGCCGGCAGUUUAUUGCGGCUGCAUCUCAUUAAUGGUCAUUUAUCUGAUAUACCAGUUGAAGCAUUUCAGAAUCUAAAAAAGCUACGAACACUGGACUUGCACGGGAACAGACUGGCCAAUCUGAAACGUAACCAGUUCAAGGGAAUGCGCGCCUUAGAAUUGCUGGAUGUAAGUUACAACAACAUCACGAAGCUGGACGGCAGCCACAUGGGCGACCUCAGCAAUUUGGGCUGGUGCAACGCUAGCCACAACCUGAUAGCGGACAUACCCAGGGGCAUGUUCGCGAGGAACGCACUCAUCAAGGUGGUCCAUCUGGACAACAACAAGCUGAAGAAACUGGACACGAACAGCUUCAAGGGCAUGAGAUUCUUGCGGCGCCUGCACCUGCAGGACAACCAGAUCUCGGACGUGGGGCGCGGCACCUUCUCCGCGGUGACGCGCAUCGGCACAAUCGAUCUCGCACGCAACUAUAUCAAGAAAGUCGACUUCCAGAUGUUCCAGCAGAUCAAGUACGCUGAGAUAAUAAACUUGGCGGAGAACAACAUAACGAUGAUCGAUAAGCAGGCCUUCACGGACCUGUACCAGGCUGUCGUGAACAUCUCCCACAACCAGCUGACGAAGAUCGAGUCGGGCGCCUUCCAGAACUGCAACAACCUCACCGCGCUGGACCUUAGCCACAACCAUCUGUCCAACGUGACUCGGUUCGCCUUCGACGAGAACAGCUAUGCAUCACUCUUUGACGUCUCUUACAACCGCUUCACGGAUUUUAACCAGAUUCCAAUACACAACAUGUCGGGCAUCAUGGUGUUAAACGCAACCUUCAACAACAUCACGGAGAUCCCCAAACUGGCGUUUCCCAAACUGUACGAGCUGCACACCGUAGACCUGUCCCAUAACAAUAUCUCCGAGAUAGGGAAUGCGGUGUUCCAGAACCUGUUUUCACUAAGAUACUUGAACCUGUCGCACAACUCGCUGGAGCGCAUCAGGCCUGCAUCGUUCGGGUCGGUGCCGACGGUACUGGAGCUGGAUCUGUCGCACAACUUGUUGCGCGACAUAUCGCGUGGCGCACUCUCCAAGCUGGCCAGCUGCCGGACCAUAGACGUCUCGCACAACCAGCUCGACAGGAUCUUCCAGAUCCCCAUCAGUUUGGCCGAGCUGAGGUUCUCGCACAACCGCGUGACAGAAAUCCGUGGCAACACGUGGCCCAGCAUGAACGCGCUGCUGCGUUUGGACCUGGCGCACAACUCGCUGGGAGACUCUCUGCAGGCGGACGCGUUCAGCUCGCUGCUGACGCUGCAGCAGUUGCGGCUUCCAGCCAAUGGCCUCACCAAACCACCAUGGGAAGCCCUCAACACGCUUUCCAGUCUGCAAUAUCUGCACCUGCAGUACAAUAACAUAAGUUCCCUGUCGAAGUCUGCAUUUGGGAACCUGCCCACUACGUUCAUGGUGGACCUGUCGCACAACCAGCUGAGCAGCAUCGCACCGCGCAGCUUCCUGGGCUUGCAGCAGCUGCUGCAGCUGUCGCUCAGCCACAACCAGCUCGACCGCAUCCCGAACGAAGCGUUCAAGGGACUGGUCGCUUUGAGGGAGCUAGACUUAUCUCACAAUGGCCUGGAGAAGAUCGACAACAAGACAAACGGCUUACUAGACGACUGUCUCUCCCUGGAGAAGGUAAACUUGAGCUACAACAAGUUCGGCUUCCUGUCGAAGAAGAUGUUCCCGUACAGUCCCUGGAUCCCGUACAGGCUGAUGGAGGUGGAUCUGAGCCACAACGACAUCCCGGUCGUCACGUUCGACAUUACCUUCGGUACCAAGAAGCUCAAGAAGCUCAAUUUGUCUGGCAACAUCAUUAACGACGUGAGAAAUAACGUGCUGGGCAACUUGACAUCACUCGAAGUAAUCGACCUUUCCGACAACCAGCUGAAGGAUUUAGUUUCCCGCACGUCCGAGACGAAGUUCAACUUGCCGGAGAACAUCACCCACAUGUACCUGCAAAACAACCAACUGGAAAAGUUGCCCAUGGACAGCCUGGCCAAGGCUAACAGGCUGCGAGUGCUGGACGUGAGGAGCAACGCGCUCACCAGCUUCCCGCCGGAGCUGGUGCGCAUGCUCAGGGAACAGGGGCUGCAGGUGUACUUUGAUGACAAUCGUCUGAAUUGCGACUGCCUGGUGCGGCCACUGAAGCACCACCUGAACCGUCUGCCGCGGCUGCAACAGCUGCGACAGAUGCGAGCGCUGCGCUGCGCGGAGCCGCCCGCCCUGCAGCAGCAGCCGCUGCUGCAGCUGGACGAGGAGCGCCUGCAGUGCGCCGCGCAGCCCCACCAGCUGCAGCAGACCGACACGCUCUACAGCCUGGAUGCUGAGCCGGACGUCGCCUUUAGGGAUAUACAGUAUUCACAGAGCUCCAUCUACAUCCACUGGUUCGUGUCUACCAACGAGGACGUGGCGGACUUCUUUCUCUUCAUACGAGACGACAAAAACACAAUGUACUUCAGUUCGGACGUGGCCUACCAGCUGCGUUCGCUCACAGUCCCCGUCGACGACAACUUCCGCGUCGCAUUGCAAAAGGGCGGCCAUUUUGACGUUUGCAUCCAAGCCAAAAUGUCCGCGAACUUCGCGCGGAAAUGGUUUGACAGCCAGUGUCAGAAAAUUCCCGACAACUUUGCCUCUUGGCCCAAGAAGCUUACAGUCGACAAAAGAAGACUGUCAUCAAAGAAGAGGGUUUCUUACAGAUGGUUCUCCAAUAACACGCUAGGUUUGGUUAGCGACUCCAUACUGAUUACUCUGUGCAUAUUCCUCGGCGUUUGUUUCAGGCGGUUGUCGGAUUUGGAUAUUUGA